UCGCUAAGCACCCAAAGCAUUGGAAAAAAUUGCUCCCAAAAAAAAGUUACUUCGAAAACCCUAACCCUAUCCCCAGCUUUAACUGAGUAUUGAAUCCGUUUGGCUUUCCUCAUCGAAGAUUUGGUUUAGUUCUCUCUCUCUCUCUCUCUCUUUUCCUGAAUCGAUGGCGGCUAAACCACUUACAAGUGAAGCAAUUUCCCUCACGGAAAAGAAAAUGGACAUGACAUUGGAUGAUAUCAUUAAAAUGUCAAAAAAUACUUCAAACAAAGGCAAGAAACAGCAGCAGCGAAGAAUACCGAAUAAAAGUCAGAGACCUGUCAGGAAUGGUGCUAAAGAUAAGGCUUUCAAGGUACAGCAGUACAUGAACUCGCGUGCUUCUCUUAGACAGGGGGUUCUAGCGCAAAGAAGGUCUAAUUUCCAGGGGAACCGGUUUCCUUUUGCAGCUGAAGCUGCCCAAAGGGCUGCAGUUGCUCCAUUUCGGAAUAGACCCUUUAAUAGUAGGAGGGUGGCUAAUUUGAACAAACCAAGGACUGGAGCACCACUGGUCCAAAGGGCUGCAAACGGUGGUUUUGCAGCAAUGCUGCCUCAGCAGCAGCCACGGCAGCAACAAGAAGAGGGACAAGGGAACACAGUAACAAAUCAAAAGCCCAAAACAUUGGAUUCACUGUUUGCGAACAUGAAGGAAGAGCGAAUGAGGGUAUUUUCACAUAAGAACAAGGAUGUAAAACCCAAUGGUGGUGGGAAUCGAGGAAUGGCUUGGGGAAGAGGCCGAUUUGGCAAGUGAUGUGUUAGAGAAUAGUUAAGGUUCUUCCAUUGUUUCUUAUGUGGAUGUCAAGCCAAGGGAUACUGGUUUUCUGUUUUUACACCUUUGCACGAGGCGUUUUUAAUGUUUGGAAUUGUGAUGAAUGCAGUAAGGUUCAAAUGAAACUAGAAGAUGUAUGCAUGUGGCUUUAUUUCACUGGCUCGAAUUUGUUCUUUG